AUCAUCGUCAUCAUCGAGCUUUCUACUACUUCGAUUCUUACUUCUUCUUCCUCUGAUUCUCUCCCAUUCCAAAUCAAUCUCUAGGGUUCUUCAGCAAUACUUCAGAAACUGGGUUUGGCCAUGGAACCCAAUGGGUACAGGAAAGAAAGAAGAAAGGAACAACAUUUGGGGAGAAUGAAUGGUGGUGGUGAUGUUGAGAGUGAUCUUGAUCCAUGGACUGCAUGGGCUUAUAAGCCUCGCACUAUCUCUCUUCUCCUUAUUGGCGCGUGUUUUCUCAUUUGGGCAAGUGGAGCUCUUGAUCCUGAGAGCACCACAUCUGAUGAUCUUGUCACAUCUGUCAAAAGGGGAGUGUGGGCUAUGAUCGCUGUCUUCCUUGCUUACUCAUUGCUCCAGGCCCCUUCAACGGUUCUAAUCAGGCCCCAUCCUGCAAUCUGGCGCUUAGUUCAUGGAAUGGCUGUCAUUUACUUAGUUGCACUUACUUUUUUGCUCUUCCAGAGACGUGAUGAUGCCCGGCAAUUCAUGAAGUUUCUCCACCCUGACCUUGGAAUUGAACUUCCUGAGAAAUCAUACGGUGCUGAUUGCCGUAUAUAUGUGCCUGAUCACCCAACAAACAGGUUUAAGAAUCUUUAUGACACAGUAUUUGACGAGUUUUUCUUGGCUCACAUCUUUGGAUGGUGGGGGAAAGCAAUUCUGAUUCGGAAUCAACCGCUUCUUUGGGUUCUUUCAAUUGGUUUUGAGUUAUUGGAGCUUACCUUUCGGCAUAUGUUACCAAAUUUCAACGAGUGCUGGUGGGACAGUAUUGUUCUUGAUAUCUUGAUAUGCAACUGGUUUGGUAUCUGGGCAGGAAUGUAUACAGUUCGCUACUUUGAUGGAAAAACAUAUGAGUGGGUUGGCAUUAGCCGCCAGCCUAACAUUAUUGGAAAAGUGAAAAGGACAUUGGGGCAGUUCACACCAGCUCACUGGGACAAAGACGAGUGGCAUCCGCUGCAGGGACCUUGGCGUUUUAUUCAAGCUGAUCUUGUGGUGGCUCAUAGCGAUACCAACAACACGGGAAUACAAUUCAUAUCUUCAAGACAGGAAACCUGUGAAAAAGGUGGGAGCAUUCUGUUGGCUGUCGCUGGGGAUAUGCAUAGUAGAACUUCUCAUCUGCAUCAAGUUUGGAAGUGGAUUGUACCCAACAGAAAUGCCAUUAUGGGUAGUGACACUAUGGGGAAGUGUGGGACUUGGACUUGUGGCCUUCUUGCUGUGUUGGACAUGGAAGAUCCAGAAGAUCCUCGCGCAAAAGAGACGCUAAGCUCAUGAUUGUUACUGCGGAAGACGAGAGAGAAAGAGAGGGUUCUUCCUUUGCUUCUUCGAGUCUCGAUCUCCUCUCUCAAUCUCAGUCUUGAGCUUCCGAAUUGACUUUCAACAUGGCAGAUGAUGAAGUUGUUGAUCCAAAGAAGUACCUUGAGGAAUCUUGCAAACCAAAAUGUGUGAAGCCACUACUCGAAUAUCAGGCGUGUGUCAAGAGAAUUCAAGGUGAUGAUUCUGGCCACAAGCAUUGCACUGGCCAGUAUUUCGACUACUGGCAUUGCAUUGACAAAUGUGUUGCACCAAAGCUGUUUGCGAAACUAAAAUGAAAAGAGGUGAAGCUGGAGACUCCAUUGUCUUGAGUUUGCUACAUGUGGUUUAAAAUUGAUGUAUAAAAUGCAGUGGAUGUUGAACUUUUUUACUGCAAACCAGAAUAUGCCAAAUGGCUCUGCUUCUCGGUUUUGUUUCCAUCGCAAGUUUGCGCUUAUUAUAUUUUUUGCUACAGACGUUGUUACUGUGCUACUUGAGUAAUUGCAUGCCUAAUAACAAGAUAUGUGCCUCUCUUUGGUCUUAUUGUCGUAGACAAUGCUUUGAACAAAUCAUUAGGCUUGGAGUUUCAAUAAAUAGAGAUUUUCAGG